UAAAAGUAAAAAAAUCCCCCACCUUUCUCUGUCUAAUAAACCUUAUUCCUUGUCAACUUAUCUUAUGACUAUUUAGUUAAUACUUAUAUCUUACUGUUACUUAUAAUCUAUAUAACUGAGAUCGCGUCUACUAUUUCAACAUGACAACAGUUACACAACAACCACCACCACAACAAGAUAGUUUAUACGUAUCUCCCACCAAUUUAUUAUCUCCUUGUGAUUCAUGUGUUACUAUAUCAGAAACUAAUUAUUAUAAUCAAUCCCAACCAUCAUCCAAUAAUCUUCAAUCUAUCCUUUACUCCAAUUUUGAUGAAAAACAAUUUCAUCAACAAUUAAUUGAAACUUUUUUACAUUCAAGAUCAAAAUUAUCUUCCAAUAGCGUGAUUGUAAAUAAUCAUAUUGAACCAACCACAACCACUGAACAAGAAAUUACAUUAAUUCAUAAUGAAAAUAAUCAAAUUGUGAUUAAAUUAUCUUCCAUCAUAAAUUUAAUUAAUACCUUUUUAUAUAAUCAUGGUGAACAAUAUCAAAUCGAUACUAAAGAUUUAACCAUCAAUCAUUUAAUCAUCUAUUUAUAUUAUAAUCAAUUAACUUUGUUUUCAUUUGAUAAUAUUGCUUAUAUUAAUCAAUUUAAUCUUUUCCAUCUUGGGAAAUGUUUAAAAUUCAAUCAUUCCAAUAUAAAUUUAGUUUAUUUGAAUAAAUUAAAAUUAAAUCAAUUUAAUACGUUUUUAUUAAGUGUAUUGAAUCAGAAUCAAUCAAGUUCGGCCACUAAUGUUUAUCGAUAUUUUAAUAUUGAUAAUUAUCUUUGUGAAUCAUUACAUAUUUCCAAUAAGAAUAAACAUAAAUUUUCAAAAUCAGUGGUUAAUAUGUUAGUUAAGAAAAUCAAACAUUCAUCGAUUGAAAGCAGUAGUACUACAACUACUAUUUCAAAAGAUUAUAUCACAACCACAUCUUCAGUUCAAUCAGUUGAUUCUUCAUUAUCUUCAUCGGCAUCAAUUUCAACAACUGCAAAAUCUUCUAAACCUUCAAAACUGAAAAAGUUUAAAUUCUCGUUAAAAAGAAUAUUCACCUAAAAGUAGGGGGUUUUCCUAUUAUCUUUUCUCUUAAUGCUGGCAUUUUUGGGUGGUAAUACUUGAUGUAUUUGACCCUGUAUGUAUAGAUAGAUCUAUAUAUAUAUAAUUUUGUAUUUUUAUAGUAGUGGUAAUUUUUUAAUGUAUAAUGAAUCGGGUUUA